AUGUCCAAUUUUUUCAAUAUUCAAGGUUAUGAAACUUUUGAAUCAAUAUCAAAUUUUCAAAUAUUUCUUAAAAAUAUGAAAAUUAUGGAAAAAGAAUAUAUAUUAAUUUAUGAUGAAUAUUUAUUAGAUUCAAUGUAUGAUAAAUUAUUUGGUAAUCCAAUAAAUGAAUCAUUUAUAUUAGAUGAAACAAUAUUUAGUAAGAAUCAUGAUAGAAAUGAUGAUACAGAUAGAUUAGAAUUAUUAAAUGAAUUAGAAAAUAAAAAUACAAUUUAUGAAAUAAAUCAAAAAAUAAAAAAUGUAAUUGAGACUUCAUCAUUUUCAACAUCAUCAACUCCAACUGAUUCUAUAUCAAACUUGUUAUUACGAAGUUAUACAAUAUAA